AUGACUGGCAUUAAAAGAGUGGCCGUCGCUGGCGCUGGCCGGAUCGGUCUACCCAUCGUCCUGGAGCUUCACAAGACCGGCUACCAGGUCACCGUCCUGACACGAGAUACGGCGCACUUGAUGAAGAUUCCAUCGGAUAUCGACAUCAAGCAGGUCGACUACGACUCUGACUCCUCGCUCACCGAAGCCUUGAAAGGCCAAGAUGCUCUCAUCUCAACAGUGGCAAUGUCAGCUAUAAGCAACCAGCCGCGGAUGAUAGAUGCUGCCAUUGCUGCAGAAGUCAAAGUCUUCGUCCCCGCAGAGUAUACCGUCAAUUCUCGUGAUGCUUUGGCCCAAGCACAGCCCAUGAUGUCGUCAGUCGUCGGCAUCCAGAAGUACUUGGCUACAAAGGAAGACCAAAUUACUUGGUUUGUCAUCAACUGCGGCGCCUUGCUGGAAUUCGUCUUCGACCAUCCAGUCCUGCUCGAUUUCGACAACCGCAAGGCAACGUUGUGGGAUGGCGGUGAAGGCGCAAUCAGUCUUUCCAACUUCGGACUACUCGCACGUGCUGUUACUGCAGUCUUGAAAUCACCUACUCGUGUUCACAAUCACCGCUUGAUGGUACACGGCGGUACCAUAACACAAAAUCGAGCGCUUGAGAUUGCAAAGGAGUAUUCUGCACAGCCUUGGACGGCGGAACAUGCCGACUCCCAAGCAGCUUAUUCGGCAUCGAUGAAAUCGUUGAGCGAUGGUUCAGCUAGCACUCUGGAGCAGCUUAUGGGAGCCAUGCUGACGGCGUACAAUUCCGCAAGCUUCGGACGAUGUGACUGCCAUUUUGAGUCGGCAUACACCGAACCCGACAACGCAUGGCUGGGUGUUGCAAAAAUUCUGCCCUGUAGAGAUCGAGGAAGCUAUAAAGACCAAAGUCAUGGCGAGCUUGCAUGGUAG